UAGCAACAAUGGCUUUGUUUUGCUUUUAGCUGCAGCUGCGGUGUGCAUGUCCACUGAUGCUCGUUGCUAGCUGUUUUGGUUUGAAAUAAUGCUGUGCGACUCUUCUCUGCUUGAAGUCUCCGGAUGGUGCCACACAUGUUGAAGAACUCCAGAUUUGGAAUUGAAAUCUGUUUGAGCAGAAUGUGAGCGCUUCGACCGGGUGCCAAAAGUUGCGACUUGUUUCCGAAACUGAACCACGCGCGAUGCAGCGACUUGCACGAAACGUUCCUGCACGGUACCACUUAAAGCUGAAGAUGGCAGCUAUGUACGCGAUAGCAUGUUUUCUUGUGCUAGCUCUCGUUGCACUCAGCUAUCGACAACUGGAGAGCUUGGCAAAGGCGUCCACUGUCCUAUCGUUGCGUGUGCCAUCUGCAGGGUUCAGCGCCGACCCUCCUCAUCCGCCUGUGUCUGUUAUUGCCAAGCAGCAGCCUUUAUUGAAGACAGCUGAUGAAGGAGGGGUCGACGUGAAGGACAAACUGAUCGCCACAAUGGAGCAGAAACUACGUGACUUGGAAGCUCGCAUCCAGAAACUUGAAAAGAAUGCACCAAAGACUUACCCUAUUGUGAAGCAGCUAGACUACAGAGAGAAGAAACGCAUCCUGGUUGCUGGCGGUGCUGGGUUUGUGGGGAGCCACCUAGUUGACCAUCUUAUGCAACAGGGUCACCAAGUCACUGUGGUGGAUAACUUUUUCACUGGCAGCAAACACAACAUUGAACAUUGGAUUGGCCAUCACAAUUUUGAGCUCAUUCAUCAUGACAUCGUCAGCCCAUUGUUCAUUGAAGUUGACUACAUCUACAACUUAGCAUCACCUGCAUCUCCUCCCCACUACAUGAUGAACCCUGUGAAGACAAUCAAGACAAACACACUAGGCACCAUCAACAUGCUAGGGUUGGCAAGGCGUGUUGGUGCUCGUCUUUUGAUAACAUCCACAUCAGAGGUCUAUGGGGACCCAGCUGUACAUCCUCAGAAUGAGGACUACUGGGGCCACGUCAAUCCCGUGGGGCCACGAUCGUGCUAUGACGAGGGCAAGCGAGUUGCUGAAACCCUCUGCUACGCUUAUGCCAAACAGGAAAGUGUUGAAGUCCGGGUGGCUCGUGUAUUCAACACAUAUGGGCCACGCAUGCACCUUAACGACGGCAGGGUAGUCAGCAACUUCAUUCUGCAAGCAUUGCAAGAUAAACCUAUAACUGUACAUGGCUCUGGCAAGCAGACCAGGUCAUUUCAGUAUGUCAGCGACCUUAUAGAUGGCUUAGUUGCUCUGAUGAAUGCCAACUACUCAAGACCUAUAAAUCUUGGAAACCCUGAAGAGCACACUAUUGAGGAGUUUGCGCAGAUUGUAAAAAAUCUUGUUGGGGGAUCCAGCAAAAUAGAAUAUGUGAGUACUGUCAUUGAUGACCCCCAGAGGAGAAAACCUGACAUUACACGUGCCAAGAAGUACCUUGACUGGGAACCAAAAGUGCCACUAUUAGAUGGCCUGAGGAAAACCGUGGAUUACUUCAAGGAGGAAUUGACAAAGAAUAGCAAGACCUACAACCCACAACUAAAUCAAAACUCCACAAAGCUAAAGUAACUCAUCCUCAUGUUGUUGUCGCCAAUCUCAUAUUUGUGUACUAUGCUUAUACAAGCUUCACAGGAUGCCAGUGCUUGGCAGUGCAAUGAAGGGACUGACAGGCUUGCCAAGACUAGUGCUGUUGUGCUGGUGAAACUCAAGUGAGCAGCACACAGAAGUGCCAUUACUUUGAACAUGUUAUGGCAAACAUGGUGUAAUUUGAGUUCCUUUUACAGAACACAAGCUGUGAAUAAGCUUUCUUGCUGAUAAACAGUUAUUGUGUGUGUGUGUGUGUGUGUGUGUGUGUGUGUGUGUGUGUGUGUGUGUGUGUGUGUGUGUGUGUGCGUGUGUGUGUGUGUGUGUGCGUGUAUGUGUGUGUGUGCGUGUAUGUGUGUGUGUGCGUGUAUGUGUGUGUGCGUGCAUGUGUGUGUGUGUGUGCGCGUGUGUGGUAUAGCUGAUGUGUACAGGGGCUGUAUUCUCAGAGUUUAGCAGAUAUUUUCACCUUUCUCUGACCUUCUUGGAGCUUGAGGACCAGGCAGUGUUGAUGCUCGUGGGAGGUGUGUUGUUAUUUUCAUUGCAUCGACUUUUGCUGGCUUAGCCUAUCAACAUGUGCUGUAAAUGAUAUCCUCUAAAGUGAUCAAUGAAGAAUACAGUCCUUGGAAUUAAGACAAUUUUAGAAACAAAAUUCACAUCAUCACGCACAUUAAUCAGAAUCCAGAAAUCAGCCAUGUAUGGCACCUAUUCUCUCAACGAACUUUGUUAAAGGUGCUCUGCCUAAAUAUCAAAAUUUUGUGUCCAUUUACAGAUUCGCUUUAGAUGUAUUGGAUUUCGUGUGUUGGUAUUAAUGGUGAAGUGCCCUCAGUCCUUCACCUUGUUCCAAAAGAACACCUAGCUUUCCAAGUGACAUAUUACAGAAUGGGGGAUCUUUGGAUUCGAGUGCUGAAGUGUAAAAAAUACGGGUGUCCGCCUGCAAAAUUUGCUAUCAGUAAGCAGUUGUUUGCUGAAAUGAGGUUAUUUAUCACUGUUCUUGCUACUAAUGCUUUCAAAACAUCCUUUGCUGUGGAAAAAGAUAGUGAGGUUCAGAUGUUUGUUUAUGAAGCUAUUGUAUGGCUUCUAGUCUCGCUGCUGCUUCUCCUGAGUGACAUAAAACGCAUGCACCAUUUCAGUUCCUAAUUGAAGUGGACAGCAGGCCCAGAAAGGGGGAUGCACAACCUUAUAGAAGUGGGCGUGCAUAUGGUACUUUAGGGCACUUUGUAAUCUGCUGCUGUACUUGUAGACGACAUUCUGUGGAAAUGAAGAAAAAGCUACAGGGGCAGAACUUUUGCACAUGUGUUAAUGCAUCAAGUAGUUCAAAAGAACUUGACUGCGCCUACGGUUUCUUGGAAUCAGUGUAGCUUCCACUUGUAAUGGUUUAGCAUUUGCUCUAUCAUGGAAGAAAAAUGCAGAAAAAAAGUCAAAUUUAACACUGAGUGGUCUACUUAGUCUCAUGCUCUUGUAAAUAAGAUGCUUAUAUUUACUCUUUUCCCGCUUUAGCUAACUCAGAUGAGUAUCUGGAACUUUUUCAGGAGUGUGCUUACUUAUGUGCAUUUUGCCUCCGUAGCUUUCAUUUCAUUGCCACAGAAAGUUACCCGCAAGUAGAUAGAUGCCACUAAUGUAUUUUGACAUAGAAAACUAAAAGGGCCUAUAGCCUGCACACUGAUAUAGCUGUGAUAUGUCAUGGGUAGUCCUCCUCCUCCGUUUUAUUUUGUUUUUAUUUUGAUGCCCCGCAAUUUUUUAAUUGUGUAUUGUAUUUAUAUGUAUUAUUAUGCUUGCAUUUGGAGUAGAUCACAUGUAUUAUGGCGUAAUCUUUGAUACUUUUGGACAUCCGUCAACCGGAAGAACAUCCUCUUGGCAUUGCACUUUCUCUUCUUCUACGCUGUGCUGCAAAGAGUGGUGUGAUCACUUGGACAGUGUCCGCGUUUCCUUGUUGUUUUCACUGCAAAUUUAACAUUAAAGUCAGUGUUGAGGCAGUCAUGCAGUUUCAUGUAAAGCUAUGGUCAUCAAAAGAAACGAGUGAGUAGUCAUUCCUGCUAAGCUUGCAAGCACCGGCAUGUGCAUACACUUCCUGGUCCGAGUCAUGCACAUUAAUUUUCAGGGUAUGUUGCUCAUAUUGGCAUAUCUUUACAUAAAACUGGCUGUUCCUUCUUUCAUUUACAUGACUUCCUUUGUAUUUUCAACUAGCACUAUAAGCUGAACAUUCAAGGAUAUAUUACUAGUCUAAGCUCUACAGUAUAAACUUAUGAUGGUAUAAAUUUUCACUUUAGCUUGAAAAUAGGUCAUAAUUGUACAUUGUUUUAUUAUUUAUGUUUUACUAUGUGGUGUGCCUGCAUUAAAAUGCUGAGGGAUGCUGUGAGUGUGUGUUAGUGCAUGUGAGUGGUUCAAUUGUUUGUGCUCUGUGUUGACAAAGUUUUGUAAAUUCUGCGCAAUCAGCGAUAAGCUGUUAAGCAGCUUAUUACACUUCGCACUUUACAAGUAUACAUGUCUUUUGAGAUAAUUGACGCAGCUCAGAAUAAGUUAUUAUACCUUUUGUCCCAUUUGUAAAAUAUAGAGCUGUCAGAAUUAAAUGGUGUGUCUAGCAAGUUCUCGUGAAUUAACCAAAAAUUUUACUUGCGUUCGCUGCUGAAACUUUCGCACUAGUGAAAAAUCCACUUCAAGUAAACUUAGACAAGACACUUACUAAACUGAGUGAAAUGUGAAUGUGCUAUUUGUCACUUGCCUCACUGCUUAGUUGCACUCGCAUAUGGGGCAGAGGUGCUGUGUAACACUUGCUUUUGUGUGUGUAUUGUUGCUUUGCAGUCUGCUUAAUCUGUUCUUAGUAGUCUCACUGUGCCUAAUCAUGAAAAGGAACUUGGGAUUGCAUCACAGUAGGAGCUCUAGUCUAAGAAAUAUUGCUGCCAAAAUUCCUGAAAUAUGCAUUCAACGGGUAACAUUGGGCUUAUAUGUUGACUAACACUUUGUAGAGCUUCUGAAAUUAAUCUUCUGAAGACUGGCCUUUAUGAUACCAUCAUGUAGUUUAGUAUCUGAGCACUUCAUGUAUUGUAGGCAGCUAAUGCUGCCACAUAUGUUUGUGAUUUUUUGUUUUAAUACUGCUGUGAUAUGUCUCCAGAGAAUGACUAUGUAGGGUGUUACUUUUUUGAGAUUAUACGGAUAUAUAUAAAAGGCUGUGGGCGUAGUGAAUGUGGCAUUUUUCAGUGGAGUUACCAGGUGAAACGAACGCACUUUGCAGCAUAUAACGUGUUUCACAAGAAUAAUUAAGACCAACAGAUGUAUGUUCACUUUUAGAACCUUUCCAACAGUUAAGAACUUUGAGGCAAGUGUUAGAACCUUGAGCCAUAUGACAAAUUUGGAAGCCGUCACAUUUUAGUUCACCCCAGUUUUCUUUAUAUAUAUAUAUAUAUAUAUAUAUAUAUAUAAAAUCUUGGAAGAACUGCACCGAAUUUGAGAUGUUCAAAAUCUAAUUUCAACGUUCAGUUCAAGGUCUCUUUGAUUUGGCUGCGCUUUCUGCGUUAUUUCUUGGGAGUGCAGCAGUCUUGCCCUCGAUUUGACAGCACUGUGCGCCGCCUGCACGUGCACCACACUCUUCAUUUUGACUUAGUGCGAGGCCAAUUCAGUACAAGUGCGCUGUUCUCCUGCACUCGCUUCUUUGGAAGUGCAGCCAUCGUGCAAGCUCUCUGUAGCAGACGAAAUGGCGCGGUGCUAGUUGAUUCAUAUACGGUGCACGAAUGUAAAUGUCUCUCGCUUUGGUUACAGCAGAUCGCUUUAUCUAGCUGGCACAGUGUUGUGUGGUGGAAGUUCAAUGUCUGAUUGGACACGUUAGUAAAAACUUUUAGCACCCUAAAUUGCUUUUGAUCGUACGGUUUUCUCAUGGAACGCGUCUUCUGGCGAAAAAAUAACCUUCACGGUCACCAUUCCGUUCCCACGAGAUAGUGCUAUCAUAAUUGCGUUAACAAAAAGAUGAAAAGAAAGAUAUCUGCCCUUUCGCUAUGUGUUCAUUUAUAAAAAAAGUUUAACCGCCCGCAGCAGACGACAGAACCCGUUCGUUGCUACACUCUCCUCUUCAAUUUGCAAGGGCCACGAGGCGCGCAAAUACCGCACUGCACUUUCACAACAUGACUUUGUGCGGCACCGCACUCGGCACUCUCGAGAACUAGUUCACAAGCUGCAACAAAUUCUAAGAUACCUUCAGUUUCAAACGUCGCUGCACUUUUCGUUACGGGGCAUUUCCGUACGAUGACAUAGCGGGGCUGCCUUUUCUCUGCAUCCAGUGCAUUAUGUUUCGAUAUUUUCUUAAUUUAAUGUUGAAAUUCGAUUAUGAAUAUCUAGGUGUGAUUUUCAAUAUUUGAGGGAAAAAAAAUGGAGGUGCACUAAGAUGUGACUGCCUCCACAGUUGCCAUGAAAAGUCCCCAAGGUUCUAAUAAGAAAGUAAAUGAAUUUUAUUGCGAUAGCAAUUAUAUGGGCACUCCAGGCGAACUUCUGCCGUCGGCGUCGCGAGGGUGAGCCGCGAAGUACACUCUUUUAAAACCGUUGCACCUUUUGGGGUAUAUAUUUGUCUGACAACAAUAAUCGUCAUCUGCCUUGCUUGCGUUUCCUUUCUUGAAAACUCGACGCUCGCUAAUUUCCUGUCGACAAUUCUGUGUCACACUGAUGACGCGCAAGCCGUUCAUGACUGGGAAGUACCGGGCUCGCAGCGUUAAAGAAAGGAAACGUGGGCAAGACAGGUGACAGUUAUUGUUGUGGGAAAAGAUAAGCCCCAAAGGGUGUAAUUUUUAGGAGUGCACUAUGAAAACAGUUACACCCCUUUGGGGUGUAUAUUUGCCACACAAUAAUCAUCCGUCUUGGUUGCGUUUCCUUUCUUGAAAACGCUGCGCUCGUUACUUUCUUGUCGAGAAUGCUCUGUCAUGCUAACAACGCGCACGCACUUGGAAGUAUCAGGCGCGCAGCGUUAAAGGAAGUGCGGGCAAGACGGGUGACGAUUAUCGCUGUCAAAUAUACACCCCAAAGGGUGCAACUGUUCUUAAAGUGAAACACUCUUAGAAAAAUAUUACACCCUUUGGGGCCUAUCUUGUCCCACAACGAUUAUCCUCGUAUGUCUGUGGGCGCCAGAAAGGAAACGCGGGCAGCACGGAUGACGAUUAUUGUUGUGGGACAAGAUACGCCCCAAAGGGUGUAAAUUUUUCUAAGAGAGUAAGGAGUAGGACGGCGGGGAGAUAUGCGCGCACUAGGAUGAAUGGUGGAAACGGGGGCUACGGAGGCAGGGUAUAGUGCACAUCUAGCCUUCUACGCCAGCUGCAGCGGCUGAGCUGGGCCGCGCGCCUCCCACCUCGGAGGCAAUCUUGCCCGCGGCCGAAGGCUAUAGCCGGCCGGACAUACGUGACGGCUUCGUGUGCGCUGCUCUCUCGCCCGCCUAAUUCGCGUGGAAGCGAGAGGCAGCGCUGCCACCGCUCUUCAUCAGGCCAGCGUUCUGCACAGCGAGCAUUCGCGGUCGUUGUGUAAAAUUUGUUCGCGUUUGCAUGUGCGCGCGUGACAACGUGCUUAAUUUAGUAAGCGAAUGUUUACGACAGUUCAUGCGGCUGAUGAAAUCACUGACAUUUCUCUGUAUAGCUGUCUGAUAAUUUGCUAUCGCAAUCAGUGCUUCGCCUGUCGCGCGAAGCUCCAAUGUUUUUUUUUUUGUUAUUCAUUCUUCUGAAACUUGCGUUAUAAGCGGCAAUGUAUGUCAGCCCCGCCUUACAACUCCUCUGCCAUAAUGCCACAUUCGCCAUGCUCAUAGCCGCUUUAUAAAAAUUAUGUAUAUUCUAGAAAAAGAAAGCCCUGUUUUAUUAGCCCAUGGUGACCACGCUGCCAAGAGUGAUGCUUUGUUGCACACCGCUGUACAAACAUCUUUUUCUUGUCUUUUGUACGCAGCCAUGUAAAGGGUGCAGCAUGGUUUCAUUACUUGUACAUAUGUAGUUUUCAGAAGGUUAAACAGUUUCUUCUGAGAUUCCUUAUUUGCGAAUAAAAUUGUGCAUCCUUUA